CCUAGGCUACCCAACAAGCUUUUCGCUUUCCUUUCCAAUGUUUGUUUUAUUUUAAGAUGGAGGAAAACUGAAAUUAUUUUUUCUUUAUCCUUUUGAUAAUUUUCUGGCGGCUUGUUUCUAUAAUUGUUUGAGAAUGCAAUUACGCUAUAUGAAGACGCUUCUUCCGUCACAGGAUGGUGCAUGUAAAGUCACUGCCAUGGCUUGGUCAGCCAACAAUCAAAAAUUGGCUGUUGUUACAAUGGACAGAGUUGUUAUACUUUUUGAUGAAAUUGGCGAAAAGCGCGAUAAAUUUGCGACGAAACCAGCCAAUUCCCAGGCUGGAAAAAAGAGCUAUGUCGUUAAAGGAUUGGCAUUUUCGCCUGAUUCCACAAAGAUUGCUGUGGGACAAUCUGACAGCAUCGUGUUUGUUUACAAAAUUGGUGAAGAUUGGGGUGACAAAAAGGUGAUAUGCAAUAAGUUUGUGCAGCAGAGUGCUGUGACAUGUCUUGUGUGGCCAGCAGAUCAACCAUUUCUUGUAUUCGGACUUUCUGAUGGCAAAGUGCGCAUUGCAAACCUUAAGACAAACAAAUCUCAAACUCUUUAUGGCACAAAUAAUUAUGUGGUAUCUCUAGCAUGCAACUCAUCAGGUCUUGGUUUAUUAUCUGGACACAUAGAUGGUGCCAUAGUAAGGUACUUCUUUGAUGAUGAAGGAACUGGACUCUCACAGGGUCAACUAGUUAAGCAUUCUUGUCCACCUUACUCAUUGUGUUGGGUGUCUGUUGUCGCAGCAGGAUGUGACAAGCGCAUUGUAGCGUAUGGGAAAGAGGGAAAGGUCAUCCAGAAUUUUGACUACAGUCGAGAUGAAAGUGAGAAGGAAUUUACGGUUGCUGUGUGUAGCCCAAGUGGUCAGUCUGUUGUCGUGGGUAGUUUUGACAGAUUACGGAUAUUUAACUGGAGUCCACGUAAAGGUGCCUGGGAUGAGAGCAAAAUGAAAGAAAUUGAAAAUUUGUACACCAUAACAGCAUUGUCAUGGAAACAAGAUGGAUCAAGAUUAGUUGCUGGAACAUUGUGUGGCAGUGUUGAACUCUUUGACUGCUGUCUCAGAAGAACCAUCUAUAAAAAUAAGUUUGAAAUUACAUAUGUUGGUCUGAGUCAGGUUAUUGUAAAGAAUCUUUCUUCUGGCACGCGUGUUGUCUUGAAAUCUCACUAUGGCUACGAGAUUGAUAAGGUCAGCGUCAUGGGAAAAGAUAAAUACUUGGUGGCGUACACGUCAGAUACAUUGUUGCUAGGUGAUCUACAAAGCCAUAAACUGAGCGAGGUUCCUUGGCCGAGCUCAGGAGGAAACGAAAAGUUCUUCUUUGAAAACGAAAACGUUUGCAUGAUAUUUAAUGCUGGAGAACUUUCUCUUAUUGAAUAUGGUAACAAUGAGAUCUUAUUUACGGCUAGAACGGAGUUCAUGAAUCCUCAUUUGAUAAGUGUUCGUCUAAAUGAACGUAAGAUCAGAGGAGUAGAAAAUGUCAAAAUGAUGGCGUAUCUUAUUGAUUUAAAGACAAUAUGUGUUGUUGAUUUGUUGUCUGGUUUCAAUGUGGCGUCCGUUGGUCAUGACUCGAAGAUUGAUUGGCUAGAGUUGAAUGAAACUGGACGAAAACUUCUUUACCGUGACAAGAAAUCAAAGCUUUAUCUUCUUGAUGUCGAAACUCAUAGUCGUACGACAAUAUUAAACUACUGUACCUACGUUCAGUGGGUACCCAUGAGUGACGUUGUUGUUGCCCAGAAUCGUGGAAAUCUUUGUAUCUGGUAUAAUAUUGACGCUCCACAGAGAGUAACUAUGUUUCCUAUAAAGGGAGAUAUAGUGGAUCUUGAACGAAACGAAGGCAAGACAGACGUUGUUGUCAAUGAAGGUGUCACUACUGUAUCUUAUACGCUGGAUGAAGGAUUGAUUGAGUUUGGUACAGCUAUCGAUGAUGGGGAUCUAACAAGGGCCGUGUCCUUUCUAGAGACGCUGACAAUGGUGCCAGAAACUGAGGCAAUGUGGAAGACACUUAGUAAGCUUGCCUUGGACGACAGACAGCUCAUCAUUGCAGAGAGAUGUUUUGCUGCGCUUGGCGAUAUCAGUAAAGCAAAAUAUUUAAGAAAUAUCAACGAGCUUGCCGAACAGGCUGCUGCAGAUUUCGGUGGAGACGGUAGUCAUCAUUACAUGGUGCGAGCAAAGUUGGCGAUACUGGAGAAGAAUUUUAAAAUGGCCGAGAGCAUUCUUUUGGAGCAGGGGCAUGUUGACGAGGCUAUAGAAAUGUAUCAAGAGCUACACAAGUGGGAUGAAGCAAUAGCUGUAGCUGAAGCAAAGGGUCAUCCCGAGGUGGACAAGCUACGUAGCUCACAUCUACAGUGGCUCAUGGACACUAGACAAGAAGAAAAAGCUGGGGAGGUGAAAGAAAGUCAAGGAAGUUUCAUGGAAGCCAUCAAUCUUUAUAUGAAAGCUGGUUUACCCGCACGGGCAGCCAGACUUGCUAUGAGUCGUGAGGAACUCGCUAAUUCACCUGAUUUAAUGGAACGAAUAGCUGCUGCAUUGUUCAAAUCUGGUCUGUAUGACAAGGCAGGUGAACUGUUUGAACGAGUACGUAAAGAACAGCAAGCUUUAGAAGCAUACAAGCAAGGAAAUGCUUACAGGAAAGCUGUCGAACUCGCCCGAGUCUCGUUUCCGCGUGAAGUUGUGAAACUUGAGGAAGCUUGGGGCAACUAUUUAUAUUCACAAAAGCAAAUGGAUGCUGCAAUCAAUCACUACAUAGAAGCAGGUUGUACAAUUAAAGCUAUUGAUGCUGCAAUCCAUGCUAAACAGUGGAACAAAGCUGUACAGAUAUUGGAAGUCGUUGACGAUGAAGAAACGGCUAGGAAAUACUAUAAACUAAUCGCGCAACAUUACGCACAAGCCAAAGAAUACAAGAUUGCAGAGAAACUUUACGUGAAAGCAGGACAUCCUAAAGACGCUAUCGAUAUGUAUACAAAGGAAAAUAUGUAUGAAGCUGCGCAUAAGUUGACAUUGACGUGUAUGGAACCAGAAGAAGUGACGUCACUUUACGUCAAUCAAGCUCAGCAACUUGAGCAACAAGGAAAAUACAAAGAAGCUGAAAGGCUUUAUUUGACCAUUAACGAACCAGAUUAUGCAAUAAACAUGUACAAGAAAAUCAGACAGUACGAUCACAUGAUUAAAUUGGUGAAACAAUUUCACGAAGAUCUUGUCGAUGACACCCAUAUUCACUUGGCAAAGGUAAGGACUUUGGAAAACCAAUUACGUCAAGCAGAACAUCACUACGUACAAGCAAAGGACUGGAAAGCUGCUGUAAAUAUGUACCGCAGUAAUGAAUUAUGGGACGAGGCGUAUCGGGUUGCUAAGCAACACGGUGGUCCUACACCAUCUAAACAAGUUGCGUAUCUUUGGGCAAAGACUUUAGGUGGUGAUUCUGCUGUAAAACUUCUCACGAAAUUUGGUUUACUUGAGACUGCGAUUGAUUACGCUGCUGAUAAUGGAUCAUUUGAAUUUGCGUUUGAUCUUGCUCGAGCUUCAAAGAAAGAGAAAUUAUCAGAUAUUCAUUUGAAGCACGCCAUGUUUCUUGAGGAUGAGGGCAAGUUUCAAGAAGCCGAGAGGGAGUUUAUAAAAGCAAACAAACCAAAGGAGGCUGUACUGAUGCAUGUUCACAAUCAAGAUUGGGAUAGUGCUCAACGUGUUGCUGAAGACCAUGAUCCAGAUAGUGUUGCUGACGUGCUCGUUGGCCAGGCUCGAGUUGCUUUUGAAAAGAAAGAUUAUCAACGUGCCGAGACUUGCUUGCUUCGUGCUCAAAGACCUGAACUGGCGGCUAGAUAUUACAAGGAAUCGGGAAUGUGGACAGAUGCUCUCAGAGUUGUGAAAGAAUACCUGCCUCACAAGAUGUCACAGUUCCAAGACGAAUAUGAAAGGGAAUCAUUGAGAAAGGGCAGUGGUGGAAUCUUAGCUCAGGCGAUGGACUGGGAAACAAAAGGUGAACAUUCGCGUGCGAUCGAUUUGUAUUUAAAGAUCACUCCAAACAAUUCAGAUGAUUUUGAUGUACUUGCAAGCUCUUUGGAAAAGGCUGUUGAACUGGCAAUGAAAUUUGUUCCCAGCAGAGCUGAAGACGUUACUUUAACCGCUUGUGAACGUCUAGCAGAGAUAAAAUAUUACUCUAAAUCUGCAGAAUUGUAUCUUGGCAUUGAAAUGGUGAAAGAGGCUAUAGACAUGUUUAUAGAAGGAGAGCUUUGGAAUAAAGCAAAGAAAUGUGCUUCUGAGAUGGCGCCAAAUUUGGAAGGUUACGUUGAGGAGAAAUACGUGUCAUUCUUGAAGCAUAAGGGAAGAGCGGAACAGCUCGUGGAUGUUGACGUCAUUGCUGGUUUGGAUAUGAUGGUACAGAGGGGAGAAUGGGCGAAAUGUAUCCAUACAGCCGAGCAACAGGGCAAUGAAGUUCUCAGCAAGUACGUUGCUCAAUACGCUGCAUAUUUAAUAAAGGAGAAUAAUACAAUGAAAGCUUUAGAGCUGUUUGUGACACAUGGAGCACCACCAAGAUCCCAGAACUUCAAUAUAUACAAACGUAUCGUCGAUGAAAUGGUGUCAAUGGAAGAAAUGAGUUCGCCCGAUUCUUAUCAACAUUGGGCCAACAUAAGAGAUGUUCUCUUUGAAUUAACUGAAGGAUUGAACAAGAGUUCCAACGUCAAUCCUGUCGUUUUAAAGGAAUUUGAAAACAGAUUACUUGUAUGUCAUUACUACGCUAAUCGUGCUGCAUGUUUACUACAAGAUUCGUUGGACUCUAUUGCUGCACAACUCAGUAUAUCUCUGCUACGUCAUACGGAUAUUGUACCAUGUGACAAAGGUUUUUACGAAGCGGGCAUGGCAGCCAAGAAAGCUGGUAUGGAAAACAUGGCGUUUGUCUUCUUGAAUCAUUAUCUUGACAUAAGUGAAGGUAUUGAGGAAGGAAGUUUGGAGUAUCUUGAUAACACUGAUUUUAUGGAUACAGACAUCCCGUAUGAGGUUCCUGUACCCGAGAAACAGUAUUUAACCGAGGAGAAACGUGAGGAGGUGAAGGAUUGGGUUCUAGCUGUGUCAGUGGAUGAAAAGGUUGAACAAAUUCUUCCCAUUGACGAGCGUGGAACAUAUGCUGCAUCUUUAGUAUCUCCUACCACCAACAUUACGUCAUUACCUUGCGUCAUCACUGGUUAUCCUGUUCUACGAAAUAAAUUAGAGUUCAAACGACCAGACAGGGCAGCUAACAAAGAUUCGUGGAAUAAGUUUGUUAUGGCUACAAAGGUAUCGCACAAUCCUGAGUGCCAAGAUGUGUUGCGCUUUCUCGGUCAGUACUGUGGUGUACCACAAAAUCUUUCUUUCUCAUUUGGAUAAAAAUUGUAUUGUUUGCUGUGAAAAUUCCCUCGUGAUCUCAGAGUGGAUUAUUUAUUUGUAUAAAGUACAAAACAUCACUUAUCUAGUUCGUAUAUAUGACUACUGAUAAUGGCAUUGUCGGUAUCAUAAAAUGUUUAAAUUACGUCCUUGAGUGGAUAAUCACUUAGAUGACUGGAAAGGAAAACUUAUCCAGUGAUCUACCUUAAACUUAUAUAAACGUAAUGUCAGUUUGAAAAACUUAUGAUUAAAGGACAGUAAAAUUACAGUAUAGAGUUUUAAA